AUGGCAUUCGCUAGUUUGCAGAGAUUUUCCUCUCAAAUCUCUCGAGUCUCUUCAAUCUCUCUCUACUCCAAAGUAGUAGUCACCAGAUCAUCUACAACCUCUGCUCCUACCUCCAAUCCGUCGUUGUCAAAGAAAGUCGCAGAUCAAAUCGUGAAUCUAUUCGCUAUCGAUCCCAAAGGUGAGAAUCACCAAAUCAUUGGACUUUCAGGCCAAACCCUUUUCAAAGCUUUAACCUAUCAUGGACUGAUUGAUCCUGCGUCGUACAGACUUGGAGAUAUCGACCCUUGCACUGGCGAAUGCGAGGUGAACAUCGUCGACGGAUGGCUGUACAACCUCCCUCGCCAUAGACACGGUGAGAAGUGCGUUCUGAAGCAGAAUACGAAGUCUUCGGUUUUGAGCAUGCACUCGAGGUUGGGGUGCCAAGUGGUUCUGACUUCGGAGUUUGAGGGUAUGCUGGUCACUAUUCCUACGCCAAAACCCUGGGAUACCCCGGAAGAUUACUCGGAAUGA